AUUAGCACACGUUCGGCCGGCCGGCCAGCUGACUUCAGUAUCGAACGCGCCGCGACGCAACGCAUACGCGUCGUAUCACCGCACUACAUGCAGCGAUGCAACGAAAACCGUUUACCGUCGACAAGUUUGAUUUCGUGAGGUCCGUGCGAGACGUUUACGAAGUGUUCCAGUUUUGAAUUAAUUUUGUUUUAUUCUUUAUUUGGGUAUUUUCUUAAGUGCCAGUGUUUUUACGAAGUGUUGGCGCAAUUUGAAAUUCAAAUGGCCAGUAAAAUGAAACGAUACAGUUUACAUUUUAGAACAUUCUUAUUGUUAAUAUGGACUACUACACGUGGCGGUGAUGGAUACAGCUGCCCUUACGGACAAAACUGUGGGUUUGAACCUGCGCCACCGGGCCGGGCGCCUGCGUGCGCGCAGCCCGGCCUCACCUACUGCUUAUAUCCUGAUCCGUACCCUGAACACGUGAUCCGGCAAUUAAUAGAAGCUGGACAGUAUGACAUCCGGACUCUUCUAUCAGACGAGAGUCGCGAUGACUUCAACUCUAAUAAAAAAGUUGACUACCCAUACGGUUAUGGGCCCAAUUCGCUCCCACACGUGGACCAGAUCUCGUUGGUCAACGAUGGGAUAUACCAGAAGAAUUUUAAUACGAAGUAUCACACCAGAUUUAACCAUGAUAUUUUCUCGCAAAAAACACCCCUGCAACCACCAUCGCCGGCAGACCCCUCCCCAUACAACAUCAACACAUUCCAAUCAUCGAACUUCACGAAAUUCGGGUUCCACGGCUACCACACCUCAUCACCAGGGUUCUGGAACCCUACUCACAACCAGUUCGAGAACAAUUACGACAAGAAAGUCUACAGGCAGACGGCUAUUAAUCAAAAUUUCGGAUUCAAUCAAAACGGCUAUAGCACUCCAAAUAAUAAUGCUUACCCGAAUUACGACUCGACCGAUUGGUUUCGGCAGGCUUCCAGCGGAGUCACACACUAUAACCCCAGCGAAUGGUGGAAAUACAUAUCUCCGUCUCGCUCAGACGUGACAGUGCAACGUUCCGUGACUUUUCCGACCCGCUCGUCGACUGUCCACCGCACACGGCGGCGACGCAACGCUGAGUUGGUGAAAGAAUCCGCGAAGAGGACCCUCACUGGAGCUGAAGCACUCAGAAUAGCUUUGGGGUUGGCUAGUGCAGAGACUUCAGCAGAGCGCCCCCGACGUCAAGCGGCAAAUACUCAAGAACUAUGCCGAGUACGGACCGAAUACAUCACUCCCCGAGCAGCUCUCAACAACAAGGGCAACUGGCGCUACGUCGUCAACAUGCCCGACAAUAUGACGCAACUGGUGCGCGCUGAAAUCUGCACAUCAACAGAUUGCAGUGGUUUGUGCUCGCUACCAUCGGGAUACAGUUCUAGAUGUGAACAAAAAUAUAUCCAAAAACGUUUGGUGGCACUAGAAGCAAGCGGACAAAAUCUUUACACUGACAUAUUUUGGAUACCUAGCUGUUGCCAAUGCACUAUUAUAGCUAAUAACUAAAUAUGAAUUAAUAUUGUUAUAUAAAUGAAUAAUGUGUGAUUGAAUUAUAAGGUAUUAAAACAAAUAAAACUGUUAUAUGUUCAUGCUAUUAAUCAUUAGAUGGCACUAUAUUACUAUAAUUGACUUUAAUACCAAGAAACAUUAAAAAGACCUUAUAAUAGUAAACAACAUUAUAUUUUGCCAGCUUUUCCCCUUAUAACACUGCCUUCAUAGUUUUAAGUUUACAUUCAUGAUGUCAUAACAUUUCUGUUUUCUAUAAAAAUUUUUUUGUUUAUUUCAACGUAUUCUUUUAACUUGCGAUCUUUGUUUAUUUUUAUAAUAUUCCGAAUUAUUACAUUAGCCAUUAAUAAGGCUAGUAAAGAAUUUAAUUGAUAUUAAAGAAUAAAUAUUACUGACAAAAACAAAGUUGUCGCUAUAUACAGCGACGUUUUUUUUUUAAAUCUAUUAAUAUAAGUAAAUUUUAUUAUAUCUAACUACAAAUCAUUUUUCACUUUUGGCUGCUAGUGCCUACUAUGCGAUAAUAGAUGGCGUCACUGGGUGAUAUCAUUAUUUUUAUUUUUGUAAUUAUAAGUAUAAUUAUUAAGUAUUAAAUUUAAGUGCCUGAGAAUUUAUCAAAAAUAUAAUGUAUGUUUAAAAUAACAGGCACUUUUUCGUAUUGCAGAAUUCUUUUAUACGUAAUCAAAAUAGGAUUAUUUUUUCAUUGUAUAAUGCUAUGCAUAAAAAAAAGUAUCUGAGAUUUCUUUAUUAAUUGUUGAUUUUUAAACUUUUUAUUAAACUUGGUUUAAUAAAAGAAAACAAUAUUCAAUAUUACAAUGAACUAAAUACUGAAUCAUUAUAUUUAUUGAAUGAAAAAAAUCUAAAAUGCAUGAUCCCACGGGACAGGUAUCUUUCCCCGCAGCAUCCCCGUACAUACCGCGAGGUUUAUUGUGUUUAUCAUAAUAAACACUGCUGAACUACAAUCCAUAACUUGAACUCACAACUUCACAAGCUCUAACUAAUGUUAAACUAUAAAGUAUACCUAAUCCUACUAGAAUACAGUGUGAGAGCAGUAUGAGUUUGUACAAAUAUUUACGAUAUAACUGCCUUACUUUUUUGUCGAUAAUUUGUAAUGACAACAAAACAGCGCCUCUAGCGGAUAGUUGCGGAAACUUUGGUUUCUAAACAUGAAUAGGUAAUAUUGACUGCGCCAUUAUAAUACAAUGGUGACGAAUUUACCAGGAAUUAACCACGACGUUUUCCGGGCGUCUCCGCGUGGAAGUCGAUCUGUUAAAGACUUCUAGCAAUGACGAGGAAUCUAUCUCCUCUCCCUUUCGUAUCAACUUAUGGGAAAGCAAUCGUAACGUAAAUCUUUGUACAACUCACACCAGCCACUCUGUAGUAAAACUGUACCGAGGCUAAGAAUUUAAUAAAGAUCUCGUACUAUGGACUAUGAUUGCUCAGAGUUCAUCCAUAUUGUGUGAGACUGUCUAUUUUGAUAGUGAAUAUAUACGAUUAAUGACAUGUCUGUACAAGAAUGUGAUGACGGUGAAGUAAGUAGUGUGAAAUGAUAAUUAAGUUAAAAUUAAUUAAUGGCUAUUCUCCAUAAGGGCCUGGUAUUGCAAAUCAGACAAAUACUUUUUUGUCAACAAUGUUGAGACACGACGUCAUUCCCGUUAUGAUGAUGAUGAUAACAAUGAUUUGCCUAUUAUAAUCAGAACUAUUGCUUGUGUCACCCUCUGAUGUCAAGAGACCGCCUUUAUUAUUUACAAAAAAGCGCCACGCCGACAUACACAGACCAGCAGUAUAUGUCGGCUUGAUACCCAGUGACCCGGAGGUUGUUGCCUCCGGAGUUGAAGCCGGGGUAGUGGGGUACGCCCCGAGGCCCGUACCUCGCCCGCCCACACCAUCUGGUGGGCAAUGAGAUGCCUUGUUGUUGUUGUUAUUUACAAAGAUCUCCAACAUUGCUUUACUACAGCCACCGAAGCCCGAAGCAAAUGAAGAUAUAAAUUUGUAUCAUUCAGUUUAAAAAAACCGUAAUCAAAAAAGUACCAUAAAAUAUAUUUAGUUUUUUUUUUUUAUAAUCACCGGCGACGUGUCUCUACAUUGUUUCGUAUCUACAUAACGCUAACCGCAAUUGUCCUAGGCAGAGUAUUAUAAUUGUAAAGUAACAAAAUUAGAUUUGGCACUAAACAUUUAACCAAGUAUUAAUACUAGUAUAGUUGUGACUAUGUAAAUAUUAGGUACAAGUGGUUGUUAGUUAUUUAAUACAUAAUUGUAACGUUUAUUCCUAAAGUAAUAAAUUGAUGAAAAUUAUAAUUUA